ACACAAUUAUUGAUUCCUUUUGUACAUCAAGUAUCAAUUUAGUGAUUGAUUGAGAAUAUUGGGAGAUUGAAAUUGGAAAAGAAAGGGGGAAAACACAGUUACCUGUAAAGGGGAAGCAGCUCAGAUAUUGCUAAUACUUCACCCAACUUGGCGGUGUAACUUUGUAGUGCGACAACUGAACUUGAUAAUGGCGGACGAAGAUUUACCACCUGCUAUAAGGUUGAUGAGUUUUGUCUCCGAAGAACAGUUGGAAGAAGCCAAGAGAACUCGGGGUGCUCGGGUCGAGGACGGAACUGCUCAGAGAGAUCGCCCACUUUAUGAGGCCCGACAAAACUCAAUAAACUCCCUUCUGCUUGUCACUUAUUGUUUCUCUAUCUCCUUCCCAUCUAGUUACUGGGCGAUUUUGAAGGAAAACAAGGACAGGAAAGAUGCUGAAUUUAAUGAGCGAUUUAAACACCGACCACCUAAAGCCUUGGAUGAUGACGAGACCGAGUUCCUUGAUAAGCUUGAAAUGUCAAGGAGAGAUUAUGAGAAGCAAGUGGCUGAUGAAGAAGCUGAGCAGCUGCGAAGUUUUCAAGCUGCUGUUGCUGCACAGUCAACCAUUGUACAGGAAAUCAAGGAGAUGCCUCCUGUUCCGAAAGUCCAGGAACCGACAUUAAUUAGGAGGAAGAGUCGUCCACCUAAUCCAUUGGGAACGAUUAUCAAAGUCAAGCCACAAGCAAAGAAAGCAAAGAUGGAUCCAGAAACUUCAGGUGAUUCUUUAACAGCUAUCAAAGUGUCUAAUGAUGAUAACAAACAGCCUUCAUCAGAUAUUCAUAAUGUAUCCAAAUAUGAGACAGAAGAAUCCCAGAGAUUUGUGAAAGGACCUAUUGCCGAUAAUGAAAACCGUGAACCAGUUACAAUAGGUGGUUUGGUUUCCUAUAGUGAUGAAAGUGAUGAUGAUUGAUUGUGUCAUCUUGAUAUGUUAAUUAUAAUUUGCGUUAGUUUAAUCAAAUUUCCAGUUUCUCAUCAUCUAUGGAUGAUAUGUUCUUGCUUUUCCGUUCCAUCAAGUUGAUUGGUUUCAUUAA